AUGAUACGGCUGUGUGUAAGCUGGCUGGUUUUGCUGUUGGGAGUGCAGGUUGUUUUGGCUCAGCUGGACGAUCUUGAUGAUGAUGAUUAUGAUGAUGAUGUAAAAGAGAAGAGAAAUGGAAGAAACAAAAAUAAACCAAUCAACUCUAAUGUCAUCCCGAAAAACAAUAAUGCGGACUGUUAUUUGGAACUGGCAUUUUUGGUGGACAGUUCAGAAAGCGCCAAAGACAACCAUCCCCAAGAGAAACGUUUUGUCACUGAUCUCGUUAACCGGAUCCAGAACAUCCGACUCCAAACCGGCCAAGGCUUGAACUUUAGAACUGCCCUCCUUCAGUACAGCAGUCAUGUGAUCACCGAACAGUCUUUCAAAGAUUGGAGGGGCGUCGCCACCUUCCAGGACCACAUCGGGCCCAUGCCUUACAUAGGGCACGGUACCUACACCACCUACGCCAUCACCAACCUCACACGCAUCUAUCUGGAGGAGUCUGGCCCUGACCGCGUGAAGGUGGCCAUCCUGAUGUACGACGGCGAGUCGCAUCCAAAGAAUCCAGAUAUCUUCUCUGCUUUAGCUGAUGCCAAGAACCAAGGGAUCAAAUUCUUCACAGUAGGUUUCACAAACGCUGCCAAUGUGGAACAGCUGCGGAUUCUGGCCAGUCCUCCAGCUGCCCGCUACGUACACAACCUACAGGACAAGGGCGUGGUGGACAAGAUCCUCAAAGAGAUUAGUGAGCUGGCUAAUGAAGCGUGUCCACUUUCCCCAAAAUGCCCUUGUGAGAAAGGAGAGCGAGGACCCAGUGGACCCGCUGGUAAAAAGGGUCGUCCUGGAGAAGACGGAAGUCCAGGACCUAGAGGACAAAAGGGAGAGAGCGGAUUCAGCGGUCCUCCUGGACGAGACGGGACAGAGGGCAAACCUGGAUACAAAGGAGAACAGGGUGAGCGAGGGGAGUGUGGGACACCAGGAGUCAAAGGAGACAGAGGUCCAGAGGGUCCCACUGGUAUCAGAGGAAGCCGAGGGCUGCAGGGUUUGCCUGGACCCAAUGGAGACGUGGGACCUGAGGGCCCACCGGGCAAAAAAGGUGAGAGAGGCUUUCCCGGACCACCAGGAAUACAGGGCGAGACUGGCUUUGGGCUUCCUGGACCAAAGGGUGAUGUGGGGUUCCAAGGCCGAAUGGGUCCUCCCGGGCCUCCUGGGCUCGGCGAGCCGGGCCUACCGGGGCCACAGGGGCCGCAGGGUUUGCCAGGAGAGAAGGGUCCACCGGGAGAGGGUUUACCAGGACCAAAGGGAGAGAGGGGUCUGGAGGGGCUGAAAGGACCCAGGGGACCAGUAGGUCUUGGCAUUAAAGGAGACAGGGGUGAUAUUGGUCCUCCCGGUCUUCAAGGACCAGUGGGGCUUCCUGGAGCAGGGAUCCAAGGAGAGAAGGGUAUAGAAGGACCGCGAGGACCCCCAGGAAGCAGAGGCCCACCGGGUGAGGGCUACCCUGGACCAAAGGGUGAUCAAGGUUUACCAGGUGAGAUCGGUGCAACAGGAGAGAGAGGAGCAGGAGAACCAGGAGCUAAAGGAGAACCUGGUGCUCCGGGGUUAUCAGGAUUACCAGGUUUACCAGGAGAGGAUGGCGCUCCAGGACAGAAGGGAGAACUAGGAACCCCUGGGUUGAGGGGCCAUGAAGGAGCAGCAGGAGUGGGCAUCCAGGGUGAAAAAGGUGAUCAGGGUCAGCGGGGAAUCCGUGGGUUAGCAGGGCCACCAGGAAUAGCUGGACCCUCAGGGUCAAAGGGAGAGCCUGGCACCCCUGGGCGCCUGGGAUUACCUGGACUACCGGGGCGUGCUAUAACAGGACCAAAAGGUGACGUCGGCCUUCCAGGUCCUUCUGGUCCAGUAGGAGAAACGGGAUAUGGUCUUCCUGGGCCAAAGGGUGAUCGUGGUGACCCAGGUCUUCCUGGUCUAAGUGGACCAAAAGGGGACGGCUAUCCUGGUCCAUCAGGGCCUCCUGGUCUUCCUGGGCUUCCAGGAGAUCCUGGUUCAGAGGGCAUAGGGAUACCUGGACCAAAGGGUGAUAUUGGCUUCAGAGGUUUACCAGGCCCACCUGGACCCCCAGGCGAAGGACUACAAGGACCUCCUGGCAACAUGGGAAGACCAGGACCUCCUGGACCUACUGGGCCACCAGGACAAGGCCUACAGGGUCCAAAGGGUGAUCAGGGGUCACAGGGUGUGAGCGGGCCAAGAGGAACUCCUGGAGAAGGAAUGCCCGGGUCAAAGGGGGAUCGUGGAGCUCAGGGUGAGAGGGGGAUGAAGGGGGUUAAAGGUGAUAUGGGAGAUCAUGGCAUUCCUGGACAAACAGGUAGACCAGGAAUCAAAGGAGAAUCUGGACUUACGAGGGACGAGAUAAUCAGGAUGAUAAGGGAGAUUUGUGGUUGUGGAGUCAAGUGUAAGGAGCGUCCCAUGGAGCUGGUGUUUGUGAUUGACAGCUCUGAAAGCGUCGGGCCUGAAAAUUUUGAGAUCAUCAAGGACUUUGUGGCUGCGUUAGUCGACAGACUCACCGUGGGGCGUAACGCCACCCGAGUCGGUCUCGUUUUGUACAGCUUAGAGGUCCAGCUUGAGUUCAACCUCGCUCGCUACAUGACCAAACAAGAUGUCAAACAAGCGAUACGCAGGGUUCACUACAUCGGCGAGGGCACGUACACUGGCUCUGCCAUACGCAAAGCAACUCAGGGAGCAUUUUACAGCGCAAGGACAGGGGUCAGGAAGGUUGCCAUUGUCAUCACAGACGGACAAACUGAUAAACGGGAGCCUGUGAAGCUGGAAAUCGCUGUCAGGGAGGCGCAUGCAGCUAACAUUGAGAUGUACGCUCUGGGGAUUGUUAACAUUAGUGAUCCGACACAAGAAGAGUUUCUCCAGGAGCUCAAUCUCAUUGCGUCGGACCCUGACAGUGAGCACAUGUUCUACAUAGACCACUUCAACACCUUGCCAGCUCUGGAGUCCAAACUAGUCAAUAAGCUCUGUGAGGAUGAGAAUGGAUCACUUAUCUUCAGUCGCAUUAAUGGUUUUGAAAACGGAUAUGGGAUUAAUGGCAACCGCAUCAAUGGUAACGGCAGGGACAAUUAUGGCACCAACAUACAUAACAGCCACAGAGAGAACACGAGAACACACUCGGGGAUGAACACUGUCACUCAUGAGAGCGGGAGAGGAGACACGUUUGCUCCAACAGCUGCUCCAGACAUUACCGAGGUGGAUGAGCGUGUACCUGAGACGCCAGACACAAACACUUCAGAGCAGAGCAGCAGUAGAGGAGAUACUCCAACAGACACUGGGACAUCCACACAAAGCAGACCUUCAUCAGGGACUACAUCGUCAUCCACAACUGUGAACACGUCAACCUCAGUGCGGUAUAAACCAGCACCACGACCACCAUUGCCUAAAGAGGUUGUAUCUCUGGACCCCCGUUGUGAGCUGCUCCUGGAUCAGGGCCCUUGUCGGGACUAUAACAUCCGCUGGUACUACGACCGGCAGGCCAACGCCUGUGCGCAGUUCUGGUACGGAGGCUGUGAUGGGAACCGUAACCGCUUUGACACAGAAGAAGAUUGCAAAAACACAUGUGUUGUCGUGAGAGCAGGAGGCUGAUAUCCAUUGUGGAUACAUUUCCCUUUGUUUGUAAUUCCUCACACUCCAAUACAAUGGACCUGCACUGAAAUACACAAAGUAUAUGAAAAAUUGGUGGGACAGGACAUUUUAUUGAGAGUAGCUCAUUGAUCAAGCAGAGUAUGUUUCGUAUCACUAGCUGCAGAACUGUGAAAAAGCAAUACUGUAAUACUGUCAUAGUUACCCAGCAUUCAUUGAACUCACAUUAAUAUAAUAAAUGUAAUUUAGUCUUGAUUUU